GCUGCUAAAAUAAUGAGAGAUUUUAGAAUUCUUAUUUAGAAAUAACAUAACCUAACAAAAAAUAACAAUUUUCGACUGAUUAUUCAGGUUAUAAUUUCUAAUCAUUCAUGACUUAAAAAUCUGAGGAUUUAGAAUGAUUGUCCGGUAUACAGUUUGCUGUUUGCUGGGAAAUCGUUUGAAAAAUGCUUAUUUCAAUAAUCAAAAUAUUAAAAGUACAAGUUUCAUCAAAAUUAUUUAUAAGAAACUCUAUUGCACUGCUUCGAAGGAAUAUGAAACACCUGUUGAAAAUAUACGUAACUUCAGUAUAAUAGCUCAUGUUGACCAUGGGAAGAGUACACUUGCUGAUCGUCUUCUGGAAAUGACAGGAGCAAUACGUGCUAAUUCCGGAGCUCAAGUCUUAGAUAAACUGCAAGUUGAGAAAGAUCGUGGGAUAACAGUGAAAGCUCAAACAGCGUCAUUAAAUUAUACAUAUGAUGGAGUAGAGUAUCUAUUAAAUUUGAUUGAUACUCCAGGACACGUUGACUUUAGUAAUGAAGUAUCACGGUCCUUGAGUGUCUGUCAAGGUGUAUUAUUGUUAGUAGAUGCUAAUGAUGGUGUUCAAGCACAAACUGUUGCAAAUUUUUACCUAGCUUUUGGACAGGAUUUAACUGUCAUUCCAUUGAUAAACAAGGUGGAUCUAAAAAAUGCUGACCCAGAAAGAGUUGCGAAGCAACUUAAUACACUGUUUGAUAUCGAAGAGUCAGAUAUCCUUAAAAUUUCUGCAAAAUUUGGAAUGGGAGUUGACAAAGUUCUGGAAGCUAUUGUCAAAAGAAUUCCACCUCCUGUAGUGGAUAGGCAGAAGCCAUUCAGGGCUUUACUAUUUGAUAGCUGGUAUGAUCGCUAUAAAGGAGCUGUCUCUUUGGUCUCGAUCAGAGAAGGUUCCGUAUCUGUCGGACAAUAUAUCUCAUUUGUACAUACUAAAAAAUCCUAUGAAGUAAAGAGCCUUGCAUUGUUAAGACCAGAGGAACAGAAUGUCAAAUCUUUAAUCGCAGGCCAGGUCGGCUGCAUCGCAUGUAAUAUGAGGUCAUCAGCAGAAGCCCAUAUGGGUGAUACAAUCCACUUGAAGGAAGCUUUAGUUGAGCCGCUACCAGGAUUCAAACCAGCUAAAUCUAUGGUGUUUGCCGGAAUUUAUCCAGCAGAUCAAUCACAGUUGCCUGAUCUGAAAAAUGCUAUUGAGAAGUUAAUUCUUAAUGACAGCGCAGUGACUGCUACUACUGAGUCCAGUCCGGCGUUGGGACGUGGAUGGAGAUUAGGAUUUUUGGGACUGCUUCAUAUGGAAGUUUUCACACAGAGAUUAGAACAGGAGUAUGACGCUGAGCCUAUUCUCACAGCACCAGGAGUUACAUACAAGGCGAAGAUCGUUGGACGAAAAAAUAUUAUUAAAUACGGGUCUGAUGAAAUAUUCUUUAAUAAUCCGGCACACUUUCCAGACCCUGUGAUAGUUACCGAAUUUUAUGAGCCAAUGGUUAUGGGUACUAUAAUAACACCAGAUAAAUUUGUCGGUGGUGUAAUAUCACUGUGCAUGGAGCGUAGGGGUGUUGAGAAAUCUACAAUGAAUGUUGAUAAUGAACGUGUGAUGCUGCAAUUUAUUUUACCACUUAACGAGAUCAUAGUUGACUUUCACGACUCUUUGAAAUCUAUGAGCUCAGGCUACGCUAGUUUCGAUUAUGAAGAUUAUGGAUACCAGCCAUCUUCUAUAGUAAAGCUGAAUAUUCUUUUAAAUGGUGUGGAGGUUGAAGAACUAAGUACGAUAGUUCACAGCUCCAAAGCUGCUCAAAUGGGAAAGAGAAUGUGUACAAGAUUAUUAGAUAUUAUACCACGACAACAAUUUCAAAUAGCUAUACAAGCUGCAGUAGGUUCGAAAAUUAUGGCUAGAGAGACAUUAAAGGCGUUUCGGAAGGACGUGACAGCCAAACUGUAUGGCGGAGACAUUACAAGAAGAAUGAAAUUAUUAGCAAGACAGGCAGAGGGCAAAAGAAAAUUGCGAAUGGUGGGCAAUAUUGCUCUGCCAAGACAGACUUUUAUUGAUGUAUUGAAAAAAUAAAGUGCAUUAGGCAUUUAAGUCUUCUGUAACAUACUUUGGAAUAAAUUAUUUAGAAAACUCUUUGAUGUGACUA